CACACACAACUCAUCAUCCAACUCAUUCCACAUUUUAUAAAUAACACAUCAAAAUUCAUAGCAUUGAAUCAAAGGGUGGCUCCAACCAAACACAAUAAUGGGUAAUAGCUUAAGGUGUUGUUUGGCUUGUGUUCUUCCAUGUGGAGCACUAGACUUGAUUCGUAUAGUUCAUUUAAAUGGCUAUGUAGAAGAGAUUACACGUCCAAUUUCAGCUGGAGAAGUUCUAAAAGCCAAUCCAAAUCAUGUUCUAAGCAAACCAAGCUCCGAAGGAGUUGUUCGCCGGAUUCUAAUCCUUUUACCGGACACUGAGCUCAAGAGAGGAAGCAUAUACUUCUUGAUCCCAUCAACUUCAUUACCAGAGAAAAAACGGCGGGUAAGAAGAAACAUAGCCGAAAAAGAUCUUCAAACCAAAAAAGUGUUCUCUUCUGAUCAGAAGAGUAUGAAGUGUGAUGAUGAUAAUAAAUCAUCGUCGCAGAAAUAUUGUGAAUCUAAGGAGAUGAAAGUCUCGAGGCGAGAUCGCCGGCAUAGCCGGAGUGGCGUGUGGCAACCUCAUUUGGAAAGCAUCGUGGAAGAUUUGUCUUAGUUUUGUGUUUCAAAAUCUUGCCGGAAUUUGGCAUGAUGGAGGGGAAUGGGAACCAAAAAUGGUUCACUACUUGAAUUAUUAUAGCAAAAUGACCUCUUUUCAAUUUUUUCUUAUAUAUGUAAUUAAUAAUAUUAUAAAUUUUGUGGAUAAAAAUAUUACCUUGCUUUCUUGUUUGAUCUUUUUAUUUUUGUG